AGGACUCUAAAUUUGUUUGGGAAGAAGACAAAUCAGCAGUUAACAUGGCGGCCAGUUGUGCUUGGAUUCUGGUCCUGGCGUCGGUUUUUCUUUGCAAUCUCAUGAAAAUACUCUUGCCGAACAUUUCUUCGUUUCUCUCCAGGAUGGUGCAAAAAGAUGCUGAACAGGAGAAUGAUAUGAGGGCUGAAAUCCAAGCAAUGAAGAAAGAGCAGUCUUCAAUCAGUAUGAUGGACGAAUUUGCCCGACAUGCCCGGUUAGAGCGCAAAAUAAACAAAAUGACAGAUAAGCUCAAAACACACGUGCAAUCCAGGACUGCACAACAGGCCAAAAUGAAAUGGGUUGUCAACAUUGUAUUUUACCUACUGCAGGCUGCUCUGAUGAUUUCUUUAAUAUGGCAGUAUUAUUCUGACCCGGUGACAGUGCUUCCCAGUAAAUGGAUUGCCCCUGUUGAACGUCUGGUUGCUUUCCCAACUGGAGUUGCAGGUGGAGUGGGAAUAACAUGCUGGCUGGUAGUUUGCAAUAAGGUGGUCACGCUGGGUAUGCAUGCCUUCAGUUAGAAACUGGAGAUGCAAUUGUAAAAUCUUGACAUUUGUUUAUGUUAAGCCACAUGUGCUCCAUUAUUUGGUCUGCAUGGGGGGAAAAUUCACCACGUUUUGCACUUUUAGUUAGUACUGGUAUAAGUUGAUAAUUUAUUGUAUUGUGUAUUUUCUUUAUUGACAAAUUCUGAAAAGCCUUUUAAUAAAUACAUAUUGAAACAGC